AGUGCAGAAGCAGGAAGUGGCCUCAUUGCUCAGUAAACAUGAUCCAAUAUGGAACUUAAAGCAUGAACAUGAGGGCAAAGGGAAAAUACUCAGAGCGGCCUGACUGACGACAUGAGACAACCUCUGCUCCUUAUCACUCUGUCACUGGCAGUCCUCCUCUCUGCUGAUGUUCUGGCUCAGGGCCCGGUGCAGAUCCAGUUCCAGACAGACCCGGUGCUGGUUCAGACCGGCACUGAGAUAGUGUUCACUUUGCUGACGGUGCCUCAGGUCCUGUCCAUCACAUGGGAGUACCAAGGAGGUCUGGCUCUGGGUCUGUGGGCCGGAGGAGCUGCUGUGGUUAAUCCGGUGGCCCAGUUCCAGGGCAGGGUCACCAUCACUGCCACCCAGCUGAGGAUCGGAGGAGCCCAGCUCCGAGAUGCGGGGAACUACACGGUGAUCGUGAUCCCCUCUGCUACCACAGGCCUGGAUCAGAACUCCAGAUCCAUACAGCUGAGGGUAUUUGACGCAGUGGCCGGGGUGAGUCUGUUCGUUCCCUCGGUGGCGGUGGAGGGGAAAAAUGUGUCCCUGAGGUGUACGUGGACCGCCGGGACUGAUGUCACAGUGCAGUGGGGCAAAGGAGGCGCAGCCAUCACUGGCGACUCCAGGAUCACUAUCACAGACGGCUCUCUGGUCAUCAACCCGGCCAGACGGGGAGAUGCCGGGGAGUACACGUGUACCGUCAGCAACCCUGUCAGCGCCCAAACUGCCAAGCAGAGCCUCACUGUCUACUAUGGCCCUGACACCCCAGUGCUGACCAAGGACGCCCCUAAAGAGUGUGUCGGGGGAGGGGACGUGUUGGUGGGACAGACAGUGCGUCUCACCUGUACGUCAGACUCACUGCCCCCUGCCGUCUUCUCGUGGCAACGUGACGGACAGAGCAUCGCAUCGGGCCAACCGGACAGCGGGUUACUCAGUGUUCAGACUUUCUCAACCAAUGAGAGCGGCUUCUACGUCUGCACGGCCAGAAACGCCAUCACCACCGGCACCUCUGAGAAGGGGACAGAAUUGGCAGUCGUAGAAACAUGUCUAGAUGGAGGGGAAGUGGCGGGAAUUGUGAUUGGAUGUUUUCUGCUGCUACUGAUCAUCGUGCUCCUCAUCGUGCUCAUCGUUUGUCUCACGCAGAGGAAGAGGGAUCAGUUGAGACAAAGGGAUACGGUGUUUGUGCAGGAGAACAACUCAAAUCCCAGGCCGAUGCCUCCAGAACCACAACCUAACGGUGCAAGGGAAUUGGGGCAAGGUCCCCCCCUCCAUUACACUAACACGCUCACACGCCACCCUGGACGCUCGUACACAGCCCUGCGGGAAACCCGUGGCAACCUACAGACAGUGCCGCUGAACAGCCUGCGUAACUCUGACACACACCGACACAAUGGUCAUACCCACACAAAUGGACUGCUUCACAAUGCCAUUCAGAACACCAAUUCAUACCCACACAAUGGCAUUGACAACCCAGCUUUCACGCACAUUGAUGCUCAGAAUGCAAACACGCUCCCAAACACACAGCAACAAAACUCUAAUAUUCUCAUACAGGCGGGCACUUCCCAGGGGGGCAACCAGCCGCCGGCUGUUCAGGUCAGCCUCAACACGCUGCCACAAACCGCCCAGCACAACAACAGCGCACAAAUGCCCACAAUUCACGUCAAUCUUAACUCGUACCCCAACAACGGCCAACGGCCACCGCAAGACGCCUCAUUUCCUAUUUCCAACACUGCUUAUAAUAACACUUCACAAACACAACAAAACCUGUCACAUACAGGGCAAUCAAAUCCCAGAAUGCAAAGCGGGCAAUCUUAUCCUGGUGACCCCCGACUGAAUGGUCACAUAGACGAUUCAGGUCAUCAAGCUCACAGAGGACUCAUACCGACCGGGUACACACAUUUUAACAAUGAUAAUAUUUCCCGGCAAAAUGCCAACACACAGACGUACGAACAGGAAGCACCACGUCGUGGUCGAUCUGAUAGAAACCCAGAAAGACACGAUGACACUCCCAGCUCCUCUCACCGACAGAUGCCAUGGGAUCGCCAGCGAGGGACGCCAUCAUAUCCCAGCAGUAGUCUUCAAAGAAGACAGUUACCCUCUGAUUACACCUCUGACAGCACAGACUACACCAGCCAACCUCCCAGACGAGAGGCGAGAACACAAAACAGAUCUCGUCCUCAACCUCAGAGCCACAGCACUUUGCGGAGCAGAGGUCCAACCAGUCAAGAGCCUCCAGCCGAGGACAGACGGACGCGGAGUCGUUCAGCUGAUCUUCAAAACGUUAACAGUGUAGCAGAGUUUGUAGCCGUACGUCUCCCACAGAGAAGCCCCCGCACACAAAGGGGGAGCGAUCAGCGAGAAACCAGAGGUUCGCUUGGUAGCCAGAUGGCCCCCAGGCAGGAAGUCACACACAGCAGUAGCCCCCAGGCGCUGCCUUACAUGAGCCAGCAGGCCUCUGUAGGACACUCUGCCAUGUCACAGGGACACACAACACAGCCGGGACUGACUGCACCACAGAGUGCAGAUACAAGAGCUUUGGCUGAUCCUAAUCACCUUCCCCAGGCGCACAUGUCCCAGCAACAGAGAGCAGCGCCGAUCCAAAACUCACCACAAGGCCUGGGCAUGCAGCCUGUCACACAUGGUGCCAGUCACCCUCGCCAAGGAGGCACCGCUCCAGUCCCACACCCUACUGCCCAGCCUCAUCCCAGCAACCUAACCCAGGCUGCACUCACAGCCCACACUGCGAGGGCUCAGACGUUUCAAAAUCGGAAACAACAGACCCAGGCCGCCCUGCUUCACCCCGGACCACAGACUCGAGCUCCUGCUGCUGGGGCUCAUCAAGCACCGCCGCCUCCUCCUGUGAUGCCCCUCGAACAGUUCCGUACGCUCCCCAAAGAGCGCACUCGGCACAAAUCCCCCAUCAGAGGUCCUCAGCCCCCCAGACCUCCUGUCAACAUACCAGUGACUCAACGGCAUGUGGAAGCACAAAAGCGGCUGGACGUGCAGCGCCACGCUGCCGCCAACCACCAUCACCGGCCUGGAAACGGCCACGUGCAUGUUAGUGCAAACAGGCAUGCCCAUCCUCAUGCCCAUACCCGGGGCCACGGGCACCAUGCCCACCCCACCAGCCCACGACAGCAACAGGCUCAUAGAGGGAGACCCAGAUGAUGACAGAUGUCGGCAGACUGCACUCGACAACGCUUCCACAGCCGGUGACACAAACAGCUGACAGACAAGAUCCAAUAUACCACCAAGCAAGAGAGACUCAAAAAAAGCUGUCAUGGUCUGGUAUCUCAGCACUGAAGCCGUUUUCUUUCUAAAAGAAAUGAAUCUGUCUCCAAUGGGGAUGAUGAAACGUAACCUUUUUUUUUAUUCCUUAAAAAGAAAUGACGAGAUCUGAUCUGCCUUUUAAAUAGUUUGACUAAAUUAAAUAAAUUAAAUGAUUCUGAAGGACUUUCAUUUAAAAUAUUCCCCCAUCAACUACCCCAGUACGUGUGUGUGUUGACACACGCGUGUUGUACUGUGUUCAUAUCUGAAUCUCUGGUCAGGCAUCAAACUUUGGCAACAGCCUGCUCGGAGAAGACAGGUCCAGUGAUCCAUAGCUCCUGACCGAGCUCACAUCCACUCAUCCAUUCAUCAUCCAAACUAAACAUCACCUCAACGAAAUGCACUCGAGGUGCUGUUUCUGUCAGACAGGGGUAUCGAACAGUGGCAGUAAAAGAGAAUGGGACUUUGCACAAACCCUGGGAACAGCCACAGUUCUAUGAAAAAUAGAAAUUAGCCAGCGGUGUGGUCCUCAUCUACACAGAACUAUUUAUUUAUGCGCCUUCUGUUUACAGAUGCCUCGUACUUCACUUCUCAAUUAAGAGGAUUCGCCCCAGUGGCUCUCGGAAGUAAUGCUCAGCUGACUAUGAAGGGGAUCCCACGAAUGGAUGGAGCUUAUUAAUUAAAUGCUUUUAUGUGACUUAAAUGACUUGGAAAAUAAUCACACCCUGUGCAUGAAUGAGGGGAACACAAAGACCUGGGCUGCCACGCUUUCCGCUGAAAAAACACAGUCUUGCAAUGCACUGUCUGCACUGGGUCAGGAGCGGCACAUCAACGUGAUGGGAUGUCAUUAUUACUAAGUAUUUACUGAUUUAUCAUGUUUGAUAUUUUAAACUCAGGGUUGUGCGUGUGGACAUUUGUUAUUAAGGCCACACUAAUGGAUGACAAUGCUUUUAUGUGUCAGUAAGUGCCACCAAAUUACUUUCCAAGGAUCAGGCUGAGUAUAUUCAAUGUUUUUAAGUAACAAGACUAUAACCAAUCGAGUCACGUCUGUGUAUAUAUGUGGUUUGUUUCGUCCAAAAAUAAAAAAUGGCAUAUUAAUCAGCCCCAAUGUUUUACUGGGUGAUGCUGAGGAAAUUACAAGUACUAGUGCUUGCCCUUUAGCUGCCAGUUUGGAAUGGGCUGUUGAUGCUGCGGAGCUACUCCAGACGUAUUCCUUAUCCUUAGUGAGUCCUCCUCAAACAGUUCUACAAUAUACUGUCAGUUUUUUAUUGUGUGUGUGCUGGAUGUUCUGUGCACAGCUUUUUAUAAACGGUCUAUAGUGCAGAGUGAAGUUAGAAAACUUUGUGUCCAUCCUACCUGGUUUAUCUGAAGAUUUUAAAGUAUUUUAUUAUUGUUACACUUUUAUUGAUAUUGAACGGAUCACGUGUCAGAAAUCAGCAGUGCACUUUCUCUGGUAAUUUACAAUACACAUGCAAAGUCUGAAGCCGAUGUUUGUGGUGUUAGAAAUGUUCAUCCCCUGGUGAAGAUAACUACAGGUACUGCUUAAUGCCGGGUGGGUUACAUUUGUUAUGUGUGUAUGGUUGUUCCAGGAAAUUAUUAUUUAGCCUUUCUUGAAAACACAACUAUAUGUUUGUUGCAGGUGUCCAAGACUUUGGCAGCAACAACUUGGGGCUUAGAGCCUGCAAGUUGAAUUUAUUAAGAGACAAUCCAUAGAAAAACACUUCUCAUAUCUUAGCCUUAACCUUUAAUAUCAAAAUACAAACUGUGAACUUGAAGGAACACAGAACACAUCUGGUCGCUCCAGCCAAACAUCUGGAGCAUGAGAUUUACUGCACUGCCCUGGAAAUUUGUGCCGUUUUUUUGUAAAAUUAUUGCUUGUGAUUAAUUGAGGUUGAUGUUGAGUUCCAAUGUGAGACACUACAAGGGAAAUAUUUAUGUUUGCUUCUCAGGGAAGAUAUUUGUACAUUGUUUGGGCUUCGUGAAAUGCUCCUUGAUCUUAUUUGAUCAACAUUAAUAAAGAAUUACUGUUGAAC